GCCGUUUAUGGACUCGAAUGACAAAAUCUAAUGCAAAAAAAAGUGAUAUAGAUAUUUUGAAAGCACAAUUACGUCAGUAUGCUUGUAAUGAGGAGCCUUAUAAUGGGUCUUAUGUAUCAACUAUUGAUAGCCUAAUUCGAUGGUGGAAGACUACUGGAGAUGGUACUAAAACAAAACCCGGUGCUCUUUCCUUAUUAGCAAUUAAAUUAUUUUCAGUACGUCUUUAUACUGUGAGUUAUGAGCGUGUAUGGUCAUGUUAUUUGGAACUUGAAAAUUUUAUAGAAUUAAAUAAUGUAGAACAAGAUGUUGAUGAUGAGAAUAUAGAUAAAAAUACGGAUAAAAAUAUAGAUGACGAAGAAUUCAAUAUUGAAGAAUUUGAUGAAAACCAAUUCGGUGCAGAG